UUCCUCCAGCCACCAAUUUCCAGCCAUGGCUGCUCUUUGCUUCCAUAUUUCUUCUUCAUCCAUCAAAUUUCCAUUCUCCCAACUCUCCGCUGCGAAGCUCUCCAAUUGCGUCGCAAUUCGCUGCAAUAACAGAGGCGAAGGAAAUGAGAACCACCCCAAUUCUGAAGAGGCGACUAAACAGCAGAAGAAGAAGCUCUCUCAUCAGUCUUCCUGGGAGUCCAAGGAUUCCGAGGGCAAAGAUUACUUGUAUAGACUUGGCGCGGAAGCCGAUAACAUGAAUAUCGCUGUUGGAGCUAGGGCUGGAGUUAUAGAUGAACUCUUCGCCGGCAAUUUUCUUGGAAGAGACUCGGAUAUUGUGUUUGAUUAUCGCCAAAAAGCUACAAGGUCUUUCGAGUAUCUUCAAGGAGAUUAUUACAUUGCGCCUGCAUUCAUGGAUAAAGUUGCACUGCACAUAGUGAAGAACUACAUUUCUCAUCUGCUCAAUGCUAGAGUUCCUUUGAUCUUAGGGAUAUGGGGAGGAAAAGGACAAGGUAAAACUUUUCAAACUGAACUUAUUUUUCGUGCAAUGGGGGUUGAGCCGAUUAUAAUGUCAGCAGGGGAAUUGGAAUCGGAGAAUGCAGGCGAACCAGGAAGAUUAAUACGCCAACGAUACAGAACAGCUUCUCAAGUGGUUCAGAACCAAGGAAAAAUGAGUUGUUUGAUGAUCAAUGAUAUUGAUGCUGGACUGGGCAGAUUUGGUGACACUCAGCUGACGGUGAACAACCAAAUUGUGGUUGGGACACUCAUGAACAUAGCAGACAACCCUACAAGAGUAAGCAUAGGGCAAGCUUGGAGAGAAGAAGACAUUACAAACAGGGUUCCAAUUAUUGUAACAGGAAAUGAUUUAACAACAAUCUAUGCUCCAUUGAUUCGUGAUGGAAGGAUGGAUAAGUUCUACUGGCAGCCAACACAAGAAGACAUUGUAAACAUUGUUCACAGAAUGUACGAGAAAGAUGGCAUAACAAAGGAUGAGGUUCUGAGCAUUGUCAGUGAAUUUUCUAAUCAAGCAUUAGACUUCUAUGGAGCCCUAAGGUCAAGGACUUAUGACCGAUCAGUCCUAAAGUGGGUUAAUGAUGCUGGAGGUGUUGAAAAUCUAGGCAGAUGGCUUCUCAAGCAGAAAAAGGAUGGAAAACUUCCAGUGUUCACAGCUCCAAAGCAAACAGUGGAUCGUCUAUUAGAAUCAGGAUAUGAUCUGGUUAAAGAGCAAAAGCUGGUAAUGGAAAGUAAGCUCUCGAAGGAGUACAUGAAGAAUAUGGAUGACUGAAUAGCAGGUUUAAGGACACGCACACACUUAUCUGUGCUAUAUAUUUUAUUUAGUUGUUGUUGUAGAAAAUACGGAGUCUUCACUGUGCACGCUUGUGUAUGUAUCCAUGCAAGCGAUUUUGAUGAAUCAAGUCACAUUUCUAAGGGAUUAUGUAAAACAAUAUCACGUAAACUUUGAUGAUUAUUAUUCAGAAUAAUUUUCAA